AAUGCAAGCACAACGAAAUAGCUGUCUAAAUAUUUGUUGAAAAUCAUUAUUUUUUCAAGGACUGUUACAAUUUAAGCGCAACAGUUCAAUAUGGCGCAGUCAGAAGCACCAUCUGGUACCGCUUCGGAGUUCGCAGCGAGCGAAAUGCCGGUAUCUGAACUAGGCGAAGCCUCGCCUACUCCGGGAGGAGGAGGGACGUUUCCUCCGUACCCGCCGUAUGCCACGGAGCCGGCGCCGGCGUCCGUAGCCGACACCAUCAUCGCCGGCCGAGACAUCCGGCUGCAGCACAAGUCCCUGCCGCGGCAGGCUGUACACCCACCCCCGAAGCCUGCGAGGCCUAAAGGUCCGAAGGCGACAGACGUGAAGCUGACGCGGCGGUCGAUGCGUGCACACGCGCGCUGCCUGCGCCGCCACGGGGCAGUGCUGACGGACCGGCUGGAGCGCAUGGCGAAGCCGCCGCGACGCAACAUCAUCUGCCUGUGGAGGGAGCACGCUCAUCAGCUGCCACCUGAGACGAUUGCUCGGUUGCGUUCUAUGCUGGAUGCUGAUGAGCCAUUUAAACCAGACCAGGCUUACGAAUAUUUCGUCAACCUGCGGAAAACUAAGAAGAAAACGACCACUACGUAA